AUGACUACUUUUGUAAAAUUAGUUGAAGAAAAUUUACUUUAUGGAAUUUUGACAGUAAUAUGGCUAUUAUUUCUCUGGGUAUAUUACCUAAGCUACCGUCAGAAAGCUUUGGUAACACGUUUGGUUGAAUUACCUCAGUCCGUUGAGAAGAUAAUGACAAAGGAUGUUUAUGAUAAAUCACGCAGUUAUUAUUUAGAUAAAUUAAACUUCAGUGAUUUUAAAGAGUUUUAUUCAGAACUCUUUACUACGGCUUUUCUAUUGACUUUUGGGUAUUAUUAUUUCUGGUCAUGGAGUAUUGAUCUAGUGAAAUAUUUUGGUUUUAAUGAAAAAAAUGAAUACCUUGUAAGCGUUGUGUGUAUGUUCCUGAUAAAUGUUCUUCAUGACAUAAUAUUUUUACCCUUGAAAAUCUACUCUACAUUUGUUGUGGAACAGAAACAUGGUUUUAAUAAAGAGACACCGGCAUUAUUUAUCAAAGACCGGCUUCUUAUGUUUGUUAUUCGAGAAGUAAUCACAGAACCUAUACUCUGUGCCAUAAUAUGGAUCAUAAAGAACGGAGGAGAUUACUUCUUCUUUUAUGUUUGGAUCUUUUUAAUUAUUGUUAGUGUAUUUAUGAUGAUUCUCUAUCCAGAAGUAAUCGCUCCACUGUUUGACACGUAUACACCGCUUCCGGAGGGAGAUCUGAAAAAGAAAAUUGAAGCAUUAGCAGCGUCUAUUAAUUAUCCACUUUACAAAAUAUUUCUUGUCAAUAAAUCGAAGAGAUCAUCGCAUAGUAAUGCGUAUCUUUAUGGAUUUUAUAAGCACAAGAGAAUUGUUUUGUUUGAUACUUUGGUGAAAGAGUAUUACAAACCACCAGAAGGUGAAACGGAAAUAAAAGGAUGUGAAACGGAUGAAGUAUUGGCAGUAUUAGCACAUGAAUUAGGACAUUGGAAAUAUAACCAUACGUUAAAAGGAUUUGUACUUGGCUUGAUGAGUUUCAUGCUUAAUCUCUUCCUCUAUGCAAAACUUCUGAAUUAUGAACCUAUGUACCGUGCUUUCGGGUUUAUGGAUUCUCAGCCUAUAUUUAUAGGACUCAUCAUCGUCACCAUGUAUAUUUUGAUACCCUUAAAUAUACUGUUGAACUUCUUAUCAGUAGUAGUUGCAAGAAGAUUUGAAUUCGAAGCAGACAGAUUCGCAAAGAUUGUAGGACAUGGUGGGGCACUGAAAAGCUCAUUGAUUAAGCUUGAAGUAGAUAAUUUGGGUUAUCCUCUUUAUGACAAAUUAUUUUCUGGUUGGCACCACAACCAUCCUUCCAUUCUCGAAAGACUCGAAGCUAUGGAUAAAGAAGAUUAAUUAUAAAAUUAGUAUUUAAAUUUUGUAUUGUAUUUUGUACCGUUACCAUGGUAUUGUACUUUAUAAUUAAUAUGAUUUUUUAUAUUAAGUUAGUGCUUAGAAUCUUAAAAUAGUUAUUUAAAAAAAGUAGAUUUGUUCGAAAAAAUAUCAGUUUAUUUCAAAAUUAUACUAUAAUAGAAAGAAUUAUACUUCAAAGUCUUAAAUAAAAUUUCCAGAAUAAUGUC